AUGUCUCUUUCUGUCGUAUGGCCCAAUCAUCCGGCACCAAAUCACGGCUAUACGCGGCUCCGUGUACCUGUUGAAGUUACGCCGCCCGAAAUUGGCGGUUUCUCACUGUCAUUGGCGUUCAAGGUUCCCUAUUUCAUUUACAAUGGUAAAGAACGGGUAUUGGUGAAACACCUUGCCCAGUUGUGGAAUUACCCGCUGUCUUACCAAGUGAUUUCUAAGUUGGUCAAACGGACUGGAAUCCCGAAAAAUGACUUGUUUCUGGAGUCUGAUGCGCUGCUUAACGCCGCCCUUCAAGAUGCCAACUUGAUAUCUGGUGAUGAAGCACAAAAGAAGCUUUUCUACGUGGAUUUGCUGCUUAUUUACCUGGUGGUGGCCAAUAAGGAUGUACUUGUUGGCGAAAUGACGGUCGAAGCUCCUACAGAAACAAGAAGAAGACCAACUGCCAGGGCCAUAGAAGAUGACAUGAUAACAGUCUCCCAGGUAUUCCCACAGUACGGACAGGUGGAAGCGACCACACCAUUAACACAUGCUACGUUCUUGUGUCUUAAUCCAAUGACAAAGUUGCAAGUUUACCGCCAUGACGGAAACUACAGGAAGGUAUAUGGAACCUCGGUCAGUGCUCAGGAACGGGAGCUUUUAUUUACGGCAAAUAACUACACUCUGUACGACGCCUCCAAGACGGAGGAAAAUUCCGGUUCGGAAUUUUCCUCGUCUUCGUCAAAAAAGCCUUUGGGCAGACAAAAGCGUCAUGUGGGAAGUGUGGACCCAAACAUGCUAGAUGUCACGGAAAACAUACUUCCAGGAUGCGGGCUCAUCCAAGAGUUCAAUGUCAAUGCAUUGUGUAAGGUUCCUAAUUAUUUUGUCAUCAACGGACAGAUGAGUUCAGCGCAGCAGAAUGCGUUAUUCAAUCCUCAAAAGCCACAUCUUGAAGGUUUGGACUUGAAGUUCUCGGAAACGAGUAAAACUUCCAAGCAGUUGCAGCAGAUCCUCCUCAACAACGACCAGGAGGCCUAUCACUCUAAGUACUACUACUUCAAGAGUUACAGAGGCCCUGGCUCGGGUAACUAUAAGGAUGCAGCCAUGGUGAACAGAAUUAAUCGCAUCAGAAAAUUCACCCCCGAGUCAACACCUAAGACCAAUGCAGUCACACAUAUUCCAGCAAACAGAGUGAUGAAGCCACCGAGCAAGAGGUUCAAUCGCGUCAUCAAGGGCUUAACUCACGAAUUCUACUCGGAUGACAAUGUGGAGGUUGUGUUGGAGAGACAGAGACGAUUCACCGAGGACUUCACCAACUUGGAGAUGUUGCACAACACUUUAUUGUUUAACUUGUUGGUAAAUUCGUACCGUGAGGUGUCUGGAGAUACUUGGAAGUGCUUUUACAGGUUUAAGCAAAUCAACUUCGAGAAAUUGUAUAGUAUCGAGCAGACGGAUCUCAGGAACAAGCGCAGAAACGAGUUAUUGGUCAAGCAGGCCGAGAUGCAACAAAAGUCGUCUACCCAGCUUCCACCUACUCCCGAGUUGGCCGAGCUCUUGCGGCCAGAUCUCACGCUACGCUUCACGUUACCUUCUCAGCAUCAUGAAAUCAUGGAGAGAUUACCAGUUGAGCUUCGUGGAGAGGAGAAGGACCCUGUCUCGGAUCUCAGCAAGCCUAUCAGGUAUGUGGCCACCUACCCUGACAAGACCAUGCCGGAUAUUUUGAACCAGAUUGAGGUGGUGAAGCUUCCAAACGCCAACUCACUUGCAUGGGACAAUAUCAAGAAGUACAGAGAUACGCUGUCAUAA